AUGACCCAGGUGGCCGUCAGUCAUAAGCUCGCGUGCGAGGCCAAAGUUUCCCAAACCAAGGCCGAGGUUGCCCUUAAGGAAGCCAAUGACGAAUUGGUGACUGUGGAGGCCGAGUCUAGACGUCAAAAGGUCGAGCUUGAACGUUCCAAAAUCAAUCAUAAUAUCACCAAGGUCGAGCUUGAUCGUGUAAAGGUUAAGCUUGAGACUAAAACCUUCGAGUCUGAAUCUCAUAAAUCAAAGCUCGAUCGCCUUUGGAACCAAGUUUCCCAACUCGAAGAGGAGAAGGAGGCCAUUAUCAUCGUGAUGCAGGAAGAAAAGGCUCGGCUCAUAGAGGAGUUCAUAACCAAGAAAGACGCUUCAACCGACAUGGCCAUGUACAAGAUAUGGUCCAUGAAUCCCGACAUUGAUACUUCCUUUCUAGCUGAAAAGGAGCAAGCUUUCUUGGAAAAAUGGCGAGUUCACCUCGCUGAGGAGGAGGUUGUUGAGGUUACCACUCAGGAGGCGGGAACUUGUGAGGAGAAAGGAGACAAGGUGGAAUCUGGGGCGGUCCAACAGUAA